AUGGCACGAACACCAGUCUCUACAAAAAAGGCCCCCGCCGUGCCGCAAAGCUUGAUGAACCAGGCCAUCAUCGCCAAUGGCUUCGUCUUCACAUCCGGCGGCGUCGCAAUGGACCCCAAGACAGGAAAGAUGAUUGACGGCGACAUCGAAGCUCACACACGUCAAAUUAUCUCCAACCUCGGCGCCAUUCUUGACGAAGCUGGCUCGAGCCUUAAUGAUGUGAUUGAGGUCAACAUUUACUUGUCUGAUAUGAAGUACUACGCCAAGAUGAACGAAGUGUAUGCUGAGUAUUGGGGUGAUGUCAAGCCUGCUAGAACAUGCGUUGCUGUCAAGAGUCUUCCGAUGAACGCCAAUAUCGAGAUCAAGUGUGUCGGAGUUGUUACUAAGCCCAAGUCGAAGCUGUAA